CGAUAGCCGUCCUCGCGAUCGUCUUCCUUCCUCUACAUUGGACUUGUGACGCUACGAUGCUGUCUCCGCCGUGGCGACGUUUUGCCCUUCCGUCCUUCUCUCGGUAUUCUGCUGCUUCGACAACCUGUCGUGCUAAUCAUUCUUUAUCUCGUCUCAAUCCUGUUACAGCACAAGAUGUCGAUCACUUUGCAAAGAUUUUACCGCCUACGUCAAUUUUGUCAACCUUGGCUCCGUUUUCACUAGCAGCAACGGAACUUGACAUUUACAAUAAUGACUGGAUGGGAAAGUAUCAUGGAAAUGCGACCACCGUCCUAAAACCAAAAACAACGCAGGAGGUCAGCGAUAUCGUGAAAUGGUGUCACGAGAAGCGCAUCGGCAUAGUCCCUCAAGGUGGGAAUACAGGCCUUGUAGGAGGAAGUGUCCCCGUUAAAGAUGAAGUCGUAACAUCCCUUGCCAAUAUGAGUCAAGUACGGUCCUUUGACCCAAUAUCUGGUAUUUUGGUUGCAGACGCAGGCUGUAUUCUUCAAUCGCUCACAGAUUAUAUUGCUCCGCAUCAUCAUGUCAUGCCGCUUGAUCUCGGAGCGAAGGGUAGCUGCCAGAUUGGUGGAAACGUCGCUACGAAUGCUGGUGGCUUACGGCUACUGCGCUAUGGGUCACUGCAUGGAUCUGUCCUGGGUUUAGAAGUCGUACUUCCUGACGGGACAAUUCUGGAUCAACUUACAACCUUACGGAAAGAUAACACUGGAUAUGACCUAAAACAACUUUUCAUCGGUGCAGAAGGCACUCUCGGAAUAAUAACGGGCGUAUCCAUCCUCACCCCGCCUUCUCCUCAAGCGUCCAACAAUGUCAUCUUCGCUCUCCCUCACUUCGACAAUGUCUUGCCUCUGUAUCAGCUGGUGAAGCGCGAGCUGUCAGAAAUUCUUUCUGCGUUUGAAUUUAUAGACCGCACGGCUUAUGACUUGGCGGUCAAGCACGGACAAGGAAGAGCGCUCCGUGACGAGGAUGUCGAAGGUGCUCAGUGUUUCGUUCUCGCCGAGACCAGCGGCGGCCGAAGGGAACAUGAUGAAGAGAAACUGACAACUUUGCUCGAGACAUUACUCGAGGCUGAUAAGCCCUUAAUCAACACAGGGUGUGUCACCGAGGCUGUUUCGAAAGAGGGAAAGGUGUAUAAAUACGACAUCUCCGUCCCAUUGUCGACUUUCAAAGAAUGUGUUGAUAUCACUCGUGAGCAUCUGAGAUCCAUGGGUUUAAUGCGUGAGGGAGCAGUCAGACAUGUCCUAGGAUAUGGCCAUGUUGGUGAUGGAAACCUCCAUUUAAAUGUGGUUGCAGACACUUAUUCCUCGGAGAUUCAAGACGCUCUGGAACCAUUCAUAUAUGAACUCGUCGCAUCGCACCGCGGUUCCGUGUCCGCCGAACAUGGCAUUGGUGCCAUGAAAACUCAUGCCCUCCAUUACUCCAAGAGUGCCGUGAGCAUCGCCUGGAUGAGGAAGAUCAAGGAGUUGUUUGAUCCUCGGGGUAUAAUGAAUCCAGGCAAAGUGUUGGAAUAAAGGCAUGAACAUAAGGAAGUCCAACCAUUGUAAACA